AUGGACGGCGGCCUGGACGACGAGUGGGAGGACGCAACCUUCAUCGCCGAGCUGAUCCGCACGGCGGACGAGGCCGUCGCCUCCCGCAACCCGGACCCCCUCCCACCCCCCACCCGCGCCCGCUCCCAUCCCCACAGGGAGCUGAACCAUGUCUCGAAGCAAAUGAAUGAAUUGAAAAAUGAAUGCACCGAGCUGAGAAAGGACAGAACAAAGAAAGAUCUUCAAAUCAAAGCUAAAGAAGCGGAGAUUCAAAAUCUGAAAAAAGCUAAUGUAGAUAAGGAUGUCCAUUCCUUGCGAGAUGAUUUGUAUCUAAAGCAAGGGCAACAAACUGAUUUGGCUGAGGCCUUGGAACUGAGGUGUCGCACCAUGAUUGAUAAUGGAAUAAGUACAUCCGGAGUAGUGUCUCUGGAGGAGAAUACCCAUUUUGAACCAAGGAGCAUUACAUGCAAGGAAAUUAAGGCAAUAGGAGUACAGACAGAUAAAACAUCUGACAAUGAACAUCUUGAGUGCAAUAAAAUGAAUAGUGGGAAGAUAUCAAUACAAACUUUCCUUGAAGCAUUGCUAAAUCUCUGUGCUUUUGAUACUGCUGCUAUAGUUGGUAGAACUUUGAGGGUAUUGCUCAGAGUUUUGCAGCACUUACUGCAUCAUGGAGCGAUGUCUAGUGGAAGGAACAACGUUUCUGUUGAACCAUAUGUUAACAUACACAUGGAGAACAACCACAAAGACUGUUCCACGUUGCUGAGUCCACUGGAUACAGAAGAUUCAUUGAGACAGCAUAAUAUGUUUCUUCCUUUUACUUUAUGGAGUUCACUUUUCACUGCAAUGCUUCAAAUUGGGGUCAAGUACUCAGAAGAGACAAUUCGUACUGAUGCAUUAUCCAUAAUGAUUCUCAUUGUAAGGUCGACAGAUCCCAAAGAGGAACGCCAUAAAUUCGGAUUUACUUCUGUAAUGACGAGAUUGCAUCUGCUAUUGCAGAAAGAAAAUGGAUUGCUUGUUAAGAAGCAUUCUGUGCGUCUACUUUUCUUGCUUCUGAAUUGCCCAGUGAGUGCCCGUGGUGCCAGUUUUUUGGAGAUGAUAAUGGAAGUCCUUGCAUCACAGAUGCAAUAUGAAACACAAGAGUUACUAAAAGAAAGGUGUUUGGUGAUGAGGGAAGCUCUUAUCCUCCUAAACCGGUUGGCAUCACACACUAACUAUUCAAAACCAACUUUGGAAGUGCUGACAAGAAGCAAGAUAUGCGCAAUCUUGACGAUCGACGUUGCAAACCGGUUGCCCCAGACCCGGAUGGCAAAUGAUCUCGCUGAACUAGCACAGAAAUUCAGAUCGCGAGUGUAUGCUUUCCUGGAGGAGAAACCCUUGAUAGUUGAGGGUUCCAAUCUGAGUGCUUCUAACAAGAGCUGA